AUGGGUCUUACCGUAGACACGCGCAGGAAGCACGUUGUUGGGGACGAUGAGGAUGUUCCCUUCUAUUUCCCAUUACCGUGGCUCUUCAUCGGCUCCGAAGUAGUAUACUCCAGGGACCUGCUAUCGAGUGUCGACUUCUAUUGGUGUACACCAGGAUGUCGCUCGUCAUCCGAUACCAAACCUAUGGGGCCCCGUACUCCAUUUGUGGAGUGUCUCCGGGACUGUGUCGAUAUCAUGCUAUCAGGAAGUCGCCGUCGGUGA